GCGCGCGAGGUGCAGGAACCCACGUCCUCCGAGGCGGGUAGAGAACGGCCCGCAUGGGCCGGGGCCUCGGAGAAGGGCUGAGGAGUCGUUGCAUGGACAGCAUGCGUUUCUCCAGGGGCUCCGAGGUGGGGCCCUGGGGCAAUUCCAGCGGUGCCAACACAAGCCAGGAGGCCGAAGACCUCGGGGAAGGCGGCGGCCCGCGAGGGGACGUGCGCAACGAGGAGCUGGCCAAACUGGAGAUCGCCGUGCUGGCAGUGACUUUCGCGAUGGCCGUGCUGGGCAACAGCAGCGUGCUGCUGGCGCUGCACCGCACGCCGCGCAAGACCUCCCGAAUGCACCUCUUCAUUCGACACCUCAGCCUGGCCGACCUGGCCGUCGCCUUCUUCCAGGUGCUGCCGCAGAUGUGCUGGGACAUCACGUACCGCUUCCGCGGCCCCGACUGGCUGUGCCGCGUGGUGAAGCACCUGCAGGUGUUCGGCAUGUUUGCGUCGGCCUACAUGCUGGUGGUCAUGACCGCCGACCGCUACAUCGCUGUGUGCCACCCGCUCAAGACUCUGCAGCAGCCCGCGCGCCGCUCGCGCCUCAUGAUAGCUGCCGCGUGGGUGCUCAGUCUCGUGCUGAGCACGCCACAGUACUUCGUCUUCUCCAUGAUCGAGGUGAACAAUGUCACCAAGGCCCGCGACUGCUGGGCCACCUUCAUUCAGCCCUGGGGUCCCCGCGCCUACGUGACCUGGAUGACGGGCGGCAUCUUUGUGGCACCAGUUGUCAUCCUGGGCACCUGCUACGGCUUCAUCUGCUAUAACAUCUGGCGCAACGUCCGCGGAAAAACUGCGUCGCGCCAGAGCAAGGGCGCGGAGGAAGCGAGUGGCGUCUUCCCAAAGGGGCGCCUGCUCGCACCCUGUGUCAGCAGCGUGAAGAGCAUUUCCCGCGCCAAGAUCCGCACGGUGAAGAUGACUUUUGUGAUCGUGACGGCUUACAUAGUCUGUUGGACGCCUUUCUUUGUCAUCCAGUUGUGGUCAGUCUGGGAUGAGAAGUCGGUCUGGACCGAUUCAGAAAACCCUACCGUCACUAUCACUGCAUUGCUGGCUUCCUUGAAUAGUUGCUGCAAUCCAUGGAUAUACAUGUUUUUUAGUGGCCAUCUCCUGCAAGACUGUGUUCAAAGCUUCCCAUGUUGCCAAAACAUAAAGCAAAAAUUCAACAGAGAAGACACAGACAGUAUGAGCAGAAGACAGACUUCUUAUUCUAACAACCGAAGCCCGACAAACAGUACGGGUAUAUGGAAAGACUCACCUAAAUCUUCCAAGUCCAUCAGAUUCAUUCCUGUUUCAACCUGAGCCCUGUGUUCAUGCAGCCUGACUCUUGUGAUUGACUUUUUAGCCCAUUAGUUGAAUUGAGCUAGAAAUCACAAGAACAAAUGAACUUUAUUAAGAUAAGCAUAAAUCAGUUCAUUGGGUACAAGACCGUGUUUCUAGGUGCAUUUUCACAUUGCUAUGGCAAAAAACUAUGAAUUAUUUUAUACGGAGUAUUAAUGAAAACACACUGCACUAAAAUGUGCAGGCCUAAUUCCCAGAGAGGGAAUUUCUAGAGGAAAAAUUAUAACUACCCUGGCUUUAUAUUCUGUUGUUGGUUUCUUUUAUUUUUCCCCUCGAUAUAAGAAAGGCUUGACUGCUUUAAAAGGCAAAUAAUGUAGGGGGGCACUAUUUCUGGACAAGGUGAGCUCAUCACCAGCCUUAGUAUUUAGAGGAGACAUCAGAGAAGUUAUGUUUUCAGCCAAUAAAAUCAAUUUAUGCAUCAGAAAAUGCAGCCCCAAGUGGUGGCCUGGAGAUGGGAAGGUGUGUUGAAGAGCCAUGAGUUCCUGAGGAAUACUGAGCAGAAGGUGACCUGCUCAGAGCAAAAGGGGAAAGUUCUGUUAGAAGCCAUAAAUCACCCUGAUUUUCGAAAUGGUAACUUUAGAACUGGCAGUGCCCUCAUUUAGAUUGGCCACAUUUUAUUGGCCACGAGAAGCAUGAUUCCUAAGAUGCUGAAGGUUAGAGAAAAUGUUGUCAACUGGCUGAAAAAUCUUUUUCCCCCCACUACGAGGUUGUUUUAAAGUCAGAUUUGUAUGAGGAAUGCCAAGCUGUAUUAGAAGACUAGAAAAGGAUUGCCUAAGGUACUCUGUAGACUUUCUCUUGAACAAUGUAAACAUAUUUUUACCAGUGUUUAACGGCAUCCUGUGCUAUGCUGGAUAUUAACACAAUCAUUAUCUUCAUGUUUAGGGAAUCCAGAUUCAUAAGUAAGAUAGUCUCCUAAGGAGUGACUCAGUUUAUAAAGUGUCACCACAUGUUUAAUUAAAAAUGGCUUGGUCUUUUGUUCCAAUCUCCCACUCAUCUGACAGUUUCAUAGUAUGAUAGAAAAGAGGUGGGGUUGGGGACUGAGAGGCAGAGAGAAAGAGAACUAUUCCACACCUAGUCUGGCCGUUCUUCAUUAUUAAAUGCAUGACUUUAGGCAAGUUAUGUAAACACACAGAAAGCCUUUGUUUCCUUGGCCGUACAAUGGAGUUGAUAAUAUUUACUUCGCGGGGUUGUUGUGGAACUAAAUUAAAUGUGUGAAAAGAGCUUUAUAAACAGUAAAGUGCUGUACAUAUGCUAGCAGUUGCUUUUGUUAAAGUCUUGGGAUCUACGAAAUUGCACAGCUUUUUUCUCUGUCCAGUUUCCAUUAGCCAGAAUUGUUUGGUUUCGUGGCUGUGAUAUAAAAUCCUAAAACUUAAAUAUAGAUCUGCAGAUGCAUUGGUAAGCAUUGCCAGCGGCCACUAAGCCUAUUCUCUCCUUCCCGAUUAAGAUUUCCAAUUUAAAGGCAGGAUUCGCUGUUCUUUGAAUGCAGGUAAAUCAAAGCCAGCCAUGAGCAACAAUUUCUUUCAUUUCUCAACAGAGAUAAACAACAACACUAGUUGGCUGCUGUUAUUGCAUUUUUCAUUAAUGGAACUCAGUGGGAUUUUUUUUUUCUAGUUAGUAUGUCUGGCUCCUUCUCCUUCUUACAGAGAGCUCAUGAAAUGAUUUGAGGAUACAUCAUAAAUAUUUUGCAUCCCUUAGAAGAAGCAAUAGUUACUGUAAAUAGUAUUAUUUGGUUUCUAUUUUUAACUUUGUUGGUAAGAGAAUGAGAUCUGAAAGACACUGCAAGAACUUGGAAGCCCCGACUUCACGCCUCUUCAUUCCCCUGCCUGUCCAAAUUCUCAGCCCUUAGACUCUCUGCAUUGAUAUGCCUAAAAAUUGUUUCCGGCUCUCCUUUAGAGAUUAGGCCCUUAAGUUUUAGAAUUCUUCUUUCUAAAAUUAACAAAUAUGUCUCUUAAAGGGCACUAUCCAAUAUAAGCUAUCAACUAAUUCUUCUUUAUUUGAGUUAGAAAAGAAUCUCAGUAACCCUGUCCUCUGUUAAGACCGUCAGCCCUUUUGACAACUUCUCUUUGACAGUUGAGGUAGUGGAAAAUAGGCUGGUAUUCAAGAGAUCUGGGUGCUAGUUCUGCACUAGGCAAAUAUGUGGUCUUAUUCUCUGUGGUUUAGGCUGAGAAACUUCAUAUAUCUAGUUGCUAAAUUUUCUUAAUGUUAAGUAACCAGAAAUGGCAUUCAUAUAUCCCAAAACAAUAUUCCAAAUUAGAAAAGUUCUGCUUAUUUCAGAAGAAAGGAAACUGUAGGUGGUAAGGAGAAAGUGUUCUGGGAAAGAAAGUUUUCCUUUUCUGGACCAAAGAAAAGACCUGGGAUAUUAUGCCAAAUGAGGGUUACAGUCAAGAAAAAUUGUGUUACAUGGCCUUAUUUUAUUUUGCACAGUUAUCUGCAGGAAGAUCCUGCAGGUACACAAUAUUAACACACCUAUGUUGGUUUUAAAGAUGUAAUAUAAAAAUACCACAUAUAGAAAAAAACUGA